AUAGACUCUGAAAUUGAAAAGAAAUUACACACGACGAGUCAGUAGAUCACAAACAAAUAGCGACGCAAAGCGGAAAUACAGCCUCUCGUACGUCGACGACAAAGACAAGUCUUUCCCUUGGUUGAUGAAUCUUUAUACCAGGACCACUAUCGCUGGCGGCUGCCUGAGGCUUGAAGCUUCCUGGAGGAUCGAAACUCGAAGAACAAAUCGAGACAAGAAAAGAGGAAGCACACCGAAGGCGAGCCUGGCGACGAGAAGACGAUUUACCAGAAGGCAGAUAACGGAAUUGCUUUUCGAGAAUUGCAUCGAUUGUGGAAAAAUGGCUUCCAUUCCGCAGAGUGCUUUCGCAGUGUGCAAAGUUCGCUGUAACGAGGAGCAAAUUGUUUCUAUAAUGAAGAAGAAGGAAAAAACUGAAGAAAAAAAGGAAAACGUAUUCAAUCCAAGGCCUCCUCUAGAAGGUUGGGAGCUAAUGCCACUCAAGUAUAACAGUAAACUGAUGAAUAGUAUUUGGGGCUUGUACAAUCGUUACUCGGUACAUAAUUUUAAGAAGAACACUGAUGCCGAGAAGGGGGGCCGCGGUGGGGUGGCCGCGGCAAUCUGGGGCACCAUUUUGGAAAAACAGCCCUCAGCCAAUGCCGCCGUCACCGCCACCGUGAUUGCCCCACAAAUCAUAAAGACCAAAAAUCGCCUUUAAAACUUUAAACGCGACGCGGCCAUAUAACUUUGAAAAAUCAUUGAAAAACAGUAGUUGGGAAUAAGCAAAUUAUGCAUAUUAUAAUU